UUUUGCUGUUGAUUUUUGCGCAAUGUUUUGUUUUUUUUUUUGUUUUCAAAUUGCUUUUAUGGUAUUGACUACCAUAAACAAAUAAACAAAGCUUAGUGAAAUAUAUACGCCCAAACAAUGAAAUGCUUGUUACACUUUCAUGGGCGAAAAAACCAAGAUAUAGCUUAAUAAUUUAUUCGCAUGGAAGGAGACUUAUUCACGCACAGAAAAUUAAAUGCUCAACUUACUGCGCAGACUCUUAAAUGAAAAGGUUUAACCGUCAGCUCCAUUAAUUUUCGUGUAUUCCCUUGGUGAAAUUGGCUAAGGAGUGAUGGAGAGUAUUUCUGCUCUUUUGGAUUUGAUGCGAUUGGCGCGCAUGCAGUUCAUACAGAAAAGUACUUUACCGGAUUGCAUUGAAACUGAGGCAAAUGGCGCAGACGCAGACGCAGAUGACGUCGAUGCCAGGACACAUAUGUGGAAGGAAAAAACUGUAUCCUACAAAAAUAUAGCCCAAACCGUGAUAUCUAUAUUAAUGCGUGUGAUCACAGUGCUGUUCAAUAUCAAAUUAGCUGUGGAUUAUUAUCAACAAGGGCAGCACAAUUAUUUCGUGUGGACAGUGGUUUGCAUAGUAGUGCCGACGCUUGUGACGGCGUUCAUAUAUGCGCAGAUGUGCCAUCAGGAUAACAAAUUUGAAGGCGGAUUCUGGGAGAUAUCUCAAACAAUAUUGCUGGUUAUAUUUUCCUCAUUUUUUCUAAGAUACUGGAACUCGCUCAUUUAUUCAGUAAAAUGCAAACGUUCUGAAUUGCAAGGAAAUCGAGACGAACAAUUAGAGUAUUAUAAAUUAACUGUCAAAGAGGAGAGCGAUGUUGCGUUAAUUCGUUUGUUUGAAUGUUUCAUGAACACGGCACCGCUGAAGAUACUUUUAAUCUCAAUAAUGUUAACACAGGAAAAUCAAAUCACAGAUACUCAAAUAUGGAGUGUGCUAGUCUAUCUAGUGAAUGUGCCUUGGACAUUGGGCUCUUACAAUCGCUGCAUACGUGCCGUACAACCAAUGAAAAACAAACUAAGGUAUUGGUAUAUGGUGCCUCAUCUGUGCUGGCACUUUUGUAUAUCAGUUUCGCGCAUACUUUGCAUCACAUUCGUCACUAUUCUCUUUCCAAUCUGGACGAUAGUUGCCUGUCUUCUGCAUGCCAUCAUAAUGGGAUUUGUCACAUACAUCAUAGAACGUCCUCAAUUCUCCGGCAUCAUUGGUUUUAAUAAUUUCCUCUUUUGCCUAGCAUUGGGGCUCAUUUAUCUAUUCAUUUACAUUCCAGUCAAGGAUACGCCAACAAGGAACAAAUAUGCCCUGUACUAUGCAAUUUGUUUAGUGGAGAACAUUAUAUGCGUUGUGCUGUUUAUAUAUUAUGCACCGGAGAGUCUCUCCAAAUCGACCGCACUUUUCUACACACUUUGUACUCUAGCUAUUGGCUUUUAUAUCGUAGGCAUUUGCUGUAUGUGCAUUUACUAUAUGUAUUUCCAUCCAAAUGUGAAAGCAAGAAAGAACAUAAACCUAAAUAUUUCAAAUGAAUUUUGUAAGCAGAAUUUACCAAAUGAUUUUUAGUAUUAUCAUAUGUAGAUA